AAGAAGAAAAUAAUGGAAGCCGACGACAUUGUCCACCGGAUGGUGCAAGGGAACGGCAUCACUAUGCACGUCGCAGAGAAGGGGGAGACGGGAGCACCGGUGGUGGUGCUCCUCCACGGCUUUGCAGAGCUUUGGUAUUCGUGGCGCCACCAAAUCCUCGGCCUCGCCGGCCGCGGGUGCCGCGUCGUGGCCCCCGACCUCCGUGGCUACGGCGACACAUCCGCCCCUCCCUCCGUCGCCUCCUACUCACUCUUCCACAUUGUCGGAGACCUCAUCGCACUCCUAGACGCGCUCUCCAUCCCCCAGGCAUUGCUGGUGGGCAACGGGUGGGGUGCGAUGGUGGCUUGGCAGACGAGUCUGGCGAGGCCUGACAGAGUGAAGGCGAUGGUGAUCCUAAGCAUGCCCUUCAUGCCACGCAACCCAUCCGUGAAGCCUGUGGCUCACUUCAGAUCGAUAUAUGGAGACGAUUACUACGUUUGCAAGUUCCAAGAGCCAGGGAAGAUGGAGGCAGAGUUCGAUCGCAUCAGUACAGAAAACGUUCUGCGAUCGUUGUAUUCCCAUCGUGAUCCAAAGACACCGGUCAUGAGCGAGGAAGAUCUCGCUAACGCGAAAGAGAUGGCACUGCCGGCCUGGCUAACCAAGGACGAUUUCGGCUACCUUGUGAGCAAGUUUGAGAAAUCCGGCUUCACAGGGCCACUCAACUACUACAGAUGCUUGGACUUGAACUGGGAGCUGGGGGCUACAUGGAGUGGAAUGAAGAUCCAAGUGCCUGUAAAGUUCAUUGUGGGAGAUCAAGAUUUGGCAUACCACUACAAGGGUAUUCAGGAUUACAUUCACAAAGGAGGGUUUAAAGGAGAUGUGCCAAAGCUGGAGGAGGUGGUCGUGAUGGAGGGAGUGGGGCAUUUUAUCAACCAGGAAAAGCCUGAUGAGAUCACUGAUCAUAUAUAUGAAUUCAUCAGCAAGUUCUUUUAGGUUUGGAAAUAAAAAUAAAUUCAUCAACAAAGAUGAAUAAAUAAGAAAAGCAUGGAAACUUAAGAAGAAAGAUGCAUUUUAACCAAAUACAAAUAUUUAAGUUUGAAGGUUUCACUAAAUAACUCAAAAGGCCCAGGGAAAUUCAG